AUGAUUAGAUACAUUGUUUUAGUUUUAACCACAUGUAUUCUUGCAUUAAACACUUCUGGGUAUGUUUUUUUCAAUUCUCAAUUUGUAAAAUUAAUAUUUAGAAUAAUAUGUCUUUCCGCAACUUAUCCAACUCUAACAAAUACAGUAGGAUUGAAUGAAAGUAUAUGGGACAAUUCAAGUUCUGAUUUGAUAGAUCGAAGAUUCGAUUUCAAGCCCAUUCAUAAAACCUUACUUUUCGGUGGAGGUUUUGCUGGAACAUUUUUCGGAGUACUACCAUUAUGUGAAAUUCUUCGUAAAUACCAUAAUCAUAAGGUUGUCACUAUAACAAGUAUUUUAUGUGCAAUAAUUCUUAUUUCGACUCCAUUAAUAUUAUCAUAUUCAAUUAUUCUAUACAUAAUUGUUCGAUUUAUUCAAAGCUGGUUGAAUGCUCAUAUAAUCGCAAUUGCUGGCGAGUUUUUAUAUGUUUGGGCACCAAAAAAAGAAAUUGGAUUCUUUUCAGCAGUUGUGCUGGGUAAGUUCAAAAACUUUUGGAAAAUGUUUUCCCGAGCCGUUCGGUAAAAAAUUCCAUAAUUAUUACGUUAGGUCUUGAAAUAAGUGUUGUUUUCACAAUGCCAAUAUCUGGUUUUAUAAUAUCAAAAUUUGGUUGGCCAACCAAUUUUUACUUUCAUGGAUUCUGUCUUGCUCUGGUAACUUUAUUAUGGUCGUUAUUAUACAGAGAUAUUGCUGAAAAUCAGCCAAUUAUGAGUGAAAAGGAGAAAAGACUCGUGAAUUACGCAAAAGAUUUAUCGAAAACAACAAAAACAAUUGCUGUACCAUAUUUGGCAAUUAUAAAAACACCAGCAGUAUGGGCAAUUUGGAUAGCGUGUGCUGGAAACUUUACAAUUGCACAAUUCAAUUUCACGUAUUCUUAUAUUUAUUUGAGAAGUGCAUUAAAAUAUAGUGUAUCAGAAGCUGGCCUACUUCUAUUUGUACAAAUGAAUAUUCUGGUAUAUUUUUUUAGUUGAACAACUUUUAUGAAAUUGUUUUUUAGUUGUUUAUUCGAAUUAUGAGUGGUUAUUUAUCAGAUGCAAUCAAAUUUAUCAAUGAGAAAUUGAAAAUAAGGUUAAUCAAUUCAAUCGGAUUUUUUGGAUCUGCUUCAUUCUUUCUAUAUAUUUCACAUUAUCCACUUGGUGAAUCAAAAUAUCGGGAUCAUAUAUUGUAUAGUGAGUUAGAUCUGAGAAAUUCCAAAUAAAUUAUUGUUCAAGCUCUCACAACAACAAUUUAUGGUUUUGCAUCUGGCGGAUUUGGCAAAACAAUUAAUAUUGUUUCUGGAAAACAUUCAACCUUUGUCUGUUCUAUUAUUCAGGUGUUUUACAAUUAUUAUUUCUCCAAAAUUUAUUCCAUUUUUACAGAUAACUUCAUGUAUUGUUGGUGUUAGUGGAUCUUAUAUAAUUCCAGUUCUUGCGCCAAAUGAUAAAAUUGCAGAAUGGAAUCAUGUGUUUAUUGUGUAUGCAAUUAUGUUGAUUGUUACAAAUAUAUUUUUCGUUAUUUUUGUUGGGUGAGAAUAUCUUUUCGAGACCAAAAUAAUUCAUUGAAUACAGAACGAAGCCCGUGGAUUGGGAAAAUGCAAACAGAGGGAAGAAUUCAAAUAUAAUUCACAGUUUGGAAAACUCAAAUAAAGCUUAA